AGACUUCAAUUGAAUAGAAAAUGACAUAAGUGAAAAACUUAGACAAAAAUAUCAACAACAAAAAAAUUGUUUUCAAUAAUGCAUUUAUUUUAACCAAUGUUGUAAAGGGAGUUAGUGUAAGUAAUUUGGUCAUAAUCUCCUCUCAUAUCAUUUUCAAGCUAAGUAUACAAUUGAGAAGACCAAAUCUAAACUUUUAGAUAGUGGCCAUUUUUAAUAAAUAAUAAAUAAAACCAUUCUCCAAAAUUAAAAAAAUUGCAUUAUCAAUAAUAAUAAUAAAAAAAAAAAAAACUAACCUCAAUCCACCCAUUCAUUGAUUAAAGUAAUAUGUAUACAUUUUCUAUAUUUGAUAUUACUUAACAUACCAAAUAAAACCUUUUAUGAUGUCAUUUGAAAGGUUUGCUUUCUCUCAUAUAAUAAUUAUAUCCAAGUAAAAUAGGAGAUGAAAUGUAAGAUACCACCGUGGGUUGCAAAAAAAAAAACUAUGGAUUGUCAUCAAGGAUAUGCAUUAUUAGAUAUAAUAUAAAAAUCUUCCAAGUUGAUUUUUGUAAAGUAAAAAUUAUACCAAAUACUCCAUCUAAACGUAGGACUUAUAAUUAACGACCAUCAAUUUUAUGUCCUAUCAACUAUGUACUAUGCUUUUUUUAAUGAAAGUAAACCAUAUUCUUUUUUAAUAAUCACAUUUAGUGAAUAAUUAGAGUUAUCUUUAUAAAGUUUGGGGUGUGAUGUGCAACAAAAGACAUGAAAGAAUGUAAAAUCUGUCAAGUCUUUAAGGAGCAAAGUAGGGAAAGAUGUUGACAUUAAUUAGUUUUCAUCUUUCAAAGAUCCAAAAAGAGAGAUGGUGACUCAGAUUUGGAUGUCUUCAAUUUUAGACCUUAUCCUUAAUAUUUUUUUUCUUGUAAUAUGAGAAACCAAAUCAAUUUGCAACCAUAUAUACACUUUACACUAUCACCCAAAAUUCUUAUCAUCAUUAAAUAUAUAUAUGUGUACACAUUUAUUUAUGUGUCUAUUGUGAUCCUACUCAUCCUAUUUAUUAAAAUAAUUCAAACCCAUCAAAAAGAAACAUUUUUUGGUCAAUACCCCUACACUUCUUGUUGCUUCUAUUUUUAAACUUCAUCCCUUCAUUCCUUUACUUCUUCAAGGUUUCUUUAAAUUUUAUUUCCUUUAGACAUGGAAGGCAAAGAAAAGAUUCUUGAAGAUUUUGAAGCCAUGGAUCAGUUUAGGAAACUCAAUUGGGUGAUCAUGGAAACUAGAGAAGAUGAAGUUUUGGAAGAAGCUUCAACUUCUUCCACCAUUGAUUCUUCUUCGAUGAAUUCCAUUGAAUCUUCUGCAUCAGAGUUGUUAGAAGAUGCAUCGUCGUCUUCCUUAACGUCGAACUCUUCGUCGUCAUUGUCGCUGUCGCCAUCGGAUGACGGACCUCUCUAUGAACUCUCAGAGCUCAUGGCCAAUCUGCCUAUCAAGAGAGGGUUAUCAAAAUUCUACAAUGGAAAAUCACAAUCAUUUACAUCUCUAGCAAGUGUAAAGAGCUUGGAAGAUCUUGCAAAGAGAAUGAAUCAUAACAAUAAUUAUAAUUCUCAGAGGAAGAAGAUUAAGUGUUGUAAAAGCUAUGGAGGAAGUUUGGAAUCUCAAAAAUCUUCUAAUUAUUAUUCUCCAAAGCCUUUGAUUGCUAAAAAAGUUUCAAGGCCUUCUUCUUUGCUAUCUUCUGUUUGUACCAAGAGAAGUAAUAGGUUAUUUGAUGCCCAUUGCUAAUGCAUCUUCUUCCCCCCCACACUCAUGUUUAAAGGGUUAGAGGGUUAAGGCUAUUUCUAUCUUUUUUUGUCCAAUGAUUUUGAGGCCAAAGUGGUUCGCUAGUUUUUGUGGAAGAGUGUAUUUUUUUUUCAAAUCAAAGCGAUAAUGGUUGAAUCUCAGUAUGUUGCAUAUUUAGAUCGUCUUUGAUUCUACCCAUAUCAGCAAGACAUUAGUGUAUUUGAAAUAAUGGCUCUAUGGCUAAAAAAAGAAAGAUGGAGAGACUAAUUCAUACCCAUUAUUUAUUUCAGGGUGUGAAUUGUGUGUCCAAAUUUGUUUCUAUAUAAAUGCGUAAUUGCCUUUGAAUUUUUUUAUUGAAAGAAACGACUAUAUAUGUAAAAUACUGAUAUAACUUUCUUAAAUGAAGUUUGAUUUGUGUC